AUGUCUGGUAUAGCUUACUUUUUUAAACCAAAGAUAAGCGGUGCAGAUUCGGCAUCAUCUACAACAGAGAAACGUCCUGGUCGACGUUCUAAGGCAGUUAAAUCAUCGGAAACACCGAUAGCAAUUGAAAAAAAUGUUCAACCUAUGGAAACAAAUGAUCCUCUUCCUGAAACAAAAAUAAUUACUGAAGAACUAACGGAAGAAAAUCCUCCGACACCAACACCAAAAAUAAAAUUGAAAUUUAAUCUACGUUCGCAAUCUGUUCAAGAUACAUCUGAUAGUUGUAUUAUUACAAAUAUUACUCAUGAAACAAAUGAAUUAUCAGCUGAUGAAUCAUCUGACAAUGAAGUUCGUUUGAAAAUUGAUGAUCAUAAUGAAAACUACGAACAACCAGAUUCACCAUUACCUAUUAAACAUGAUGAUUCAUCGUUACUGAUUAUUUCACCAUCGAAGAAAAAACAACAAUCAUCACGCAAGAAAGUUAUUAGUCGUUUAAUUGGUACAACAGUUAAUACACUUUCACUCGAUGAGCCAAGUCCUGUUAAAAUUCCACCGCAUGAUUCACAAUUUAGUGAAGUUAAACAAACAAAAUCAGGUCGAACCAUUAAAUAUACACCAUAUUUUAAAGAGCUUGUUCAAGGUGCAACUAUAUCACCACCAUUAUCACCGGUUCACCAAACAGCACCACCGAAACGUCCAUCAAACUAUUCGAAGAAAAAACAAACAUCCAUUAAAGCUGAUCUUGACGCUAUUAAAAAUGGAAGUUUACCAGCAACGGCGAAUGCUAAAGGACGAAAAUCAUCGGCAGGAUCACCAAAAAAUAAAAAACAAGCAACGGCUCCUGUUAAACAUGUUGGAGCAGGACGAAAAUCAACAACGCCAAAAGCUAAAACAAAACGAGAUUCAAAUCAAAUGGUUAUAGCCGACGAUAUUGAAAGUGAUGAUGAAAAUGAAAUGAUUGACAGACGAAGCGAUGAUGAAGAAUUUCAUCAAGAAGGACAUUCAUCAGAAGAAGACGAUGAAGAUGGUUUAGAUGUUGAUGAUGAUGAUCAUUCAUCAGGAGUAUUAAGCGAUGAAGAAGAAUGGACAGCAAUUGGAAAUAAACAAGAACAUGAUCGAAGUUUAGGUUUAGCUGCAACAUUAGGUUCAAUGUCAAGUGAAAUGCUCGAUGGAUAUAGUUUAUGGGCUAUGAAAUAUCGUGCACGUCAUCGAACAAUGAGUCUUGAUGAUAAACGUCUUUAUCGUACGUGGAAAAAAAUGAGUGCACACGAUCGACAACGUUGGUGUAUUAAAGCCGAAAAAGAAAGUUAUCAUUAUCCUAUAACAGCUGAAUUAUUAAAAGCGUCCACUAGUACCGAACCGACAACAACACCUACAACAAAAACGACGAAAUCAACGAAACGAAAGAAACCUACUGAUGAUCCUCCACCAAUACUUUUACAAAAGACAUUAAAUCAAUAUGCUAAACAACAACCAGCAAUUCGUCCACCGAAUGCUUUUGUUAAACAACCAGUAACACCAACAAUUAUUGCACCACCAAAAAAUUAUGAUAUUGCUGAUAUUGCCGCCGGAAUUUAUUUACUCGGUGAAUCAUUAACAAAAAUGGGUGAAAAAGUGCGACAAUUGGGUCAUCUGAAUCCUCGUGGCACAUCGGCAGCUACAUCUAUCGAUAAUCUUUCAGCUAUUCUUUUUGAUGGAACGUUAUGUGCAUGCAAUUUAAUGGCUUGUCUUGGUAAUGAAAUAAUAUCAACGAAUUCGUCAACAUCAAAAUCAGAUCCAUUAACUAAUAAACUUAUGGAAAAUGUUGGCAUUAUCUUACCUGGACUUAAUUAA